AUAUCAGUUAAAAAACUUUGAUUGCCUAAGUACUGUUAUAAAGUAAAAGUUUAUAAGAAAUAUCUCAAGAAAUUUGAAAGAAAAUAAUUGUAAAUUAUAGAUUAUCGUUGUUAGGAGAAAGAGAAUUGGAAAGAUAAGACAAGAAAUAGGAAUAAUUAAAGUAGGAAAGAAAGGAAAAUAGUAAGAAAACUUGAAGAUAUUUAGAUUAAAAUAGCUAUUUUUAAAUACAAAUACAAUAGAAGAAACAGUGCGUUGAAAGGAUAUUAAACGUAUUUUGAAGGAAAUUAAAAUCCUAAAUGGUAAGUUUUUAAUACAAAAUUACUUCAUAAAGCAUUUAUAAACGUCAUUUAGUAUUGGAGUAAGAAAGUUAAGGGAUGGAUACACACAAUAGUGUGUGAGAGAGAAGAGGGGAGAGAAAGAGAAUUUGAUAAUAUGCCAAUUUUAUUAAUUAUUAUCUUAUAUGUAUGUUGAAUAAAUCAAAAAGAUAGAAGGGCUAAUACAAUGCAUAGAAGAAAAAUUGUUUAAAAUUUUAUGAAUGAAGGGAUUUUGUAACAAGAUUAUGAAUAAACAUUUGUCGUUCGUCAUCGAAUUAUUGUUAGCACGCCCACUGUCUUUAUUUAUAUUUAAUUUAGGAGACCAAUGACCUUUAAUGUCUUUUUCGUUUCUUCUAUUCUCUCCUCUUCUCUUAACUUUCUUAUUCUUAUUUGUUAUUGUUAUUCAACCCUAUGAACGAGAAAAUAGCCUUUACAAUUCGCAUAUUUUUAAACAAUCGCAUUCUGAAUAGAAUAUAUAGAUUUCUUACAAGAACAAAAAGUACUUUAUCGAUAUUACAUGACAUGAUUUUAUGACCUAAAAUAGUAAAGAAAAAAACAUUUGUUUUCUCUUUUUAAAUCUGACUUAGGCUGAAGUUGAGAGAGGUUCUUGGGGAGGUCAAUUAGAAUUUAUACUAACCUGCGUUGGAUAUGCUGUUGGCUUAGGAAAUGUUUGGAGAUUCCCUUAUCUUACCUUUCAAAAUGGUGGUGGAGCUUUCCUUAUUCCCUACAUUCUUAUGCUGAUUCUACUAGGAAUACCGGUAUUCUUCUUCGAAAUAUGUCUUGGUCAAUUUGCCUCGUUGGGACCCUUGGCUAUCUGGAAUCUAAGCCCUUUAUUCAAGGGUGUAGGUGUGGCAAUGAUGUCCGUUGGACUUAUGGUAGCUCUCUCCUACUGUAUAUUGAUGUCCUACAUCCUAUUCUUUUUCUUCGCAAGUAUGGGUCCAUUACCUUGGAAAGAUUGCGCAAAUUCCUGGAAUACCAAUAAGUGCAUAACUAGUAAUAUUUUCGCAAAUUCUACACUAUUAGAGCAAAUUAUAAAAGAUCGGAAUAUCACUAGAGCAGAAAUAAAGACUCCUAGCGAAGAGUACUUUUAUAAUCAAGUCUUAAAAUCUUCAAGUGGACUUGAUGAACCUGGUGGAAUUGUUUGGCAAUUGGCUUUAUGCUUACUAUUAGCCUGGGUUAUUGUAUUUGUUGUCUUACUUAAGGGAAUAUCCUCAUUAGGAAAAGUCGUCUAUUUUACAUCGACAUUCCCUUAUAUCAUGAUGACAGUUAUGCUUGUUAGAGGAGCGACUCUACCAGGAGCCAGUAAGGGUAUAGAAUUUUACUUGAAACCUGAUAUAGCAAAAUUAAAAGAGUCGUCGGUUUGGAGCGAUGCCGCUUCUCAAAUUUUCUACUCUUUAAGUACAUGUACUGGUGGUCUGAUUGCUAUGGCUUCUUAUAAUAAAUUCAAGAAUAAUACUUUUCGCGAUUCCAUGAUUGUACCAUUUAUAAAUUGUGGUACUUCUCUGUUUGCCGGUUUCGCAAUCUUUAGCGUACUUGGCUUUAUGGCGAAGGAAAAAGGUGUAGAAGUUUCCGAUGUAGCAGCCACUGGACCUGGUUUAGUUUUUGUUGUGUAUCCAGAAGCUUUAUCAAGGAUGGCAGGGGGUACAGUCUUCUCUAUUCUCUUCUUUAUAAUGAUGUUAACAUUGGGUUUCAGUUCUUUGUUUUCAAUGGUCGAAUCGUUCUUUGUAAUGUUGAUGGACGAAUUUCCAGAUACCUUGAGAUGUAACUCAACAAGACCUAUAAUUUUUAGGGGCGUUUGUAUCGUCAUAUUUUAUCUAAUAUCGUUACCAAUGGUAACUAAAGGAGGAUUCUAUUUGUUUAGUCUUGUCAAUGAAUUCGCUGGCGGUUUUCCUAGACUGAUAACGGGAUUGUUUGAAUUGUUAGUUGUUACGAUGGUUUACGGAUAUUCUAGAUUUGCAGAAGAUAUCUCACUAAUGAUUGGAAAGAAGCCAGGCAUCUACUUUCAAGUCACAUGGUGCUUUCUAUCUCCUCUCUUGAUAGUUGGAAUCCUUAUCUUUAAAGCAGUUCAAUUUAAAAUGCCUAUUGUUAAUAAUGUCGUUUAUCCAUCUUGGGGUGCCGUCCUCGGCUGGCUUAUGGUCGGCGGAGUAGCCAUAUGGAUACCAAUUGUUUUUGUUAUACAAUGGUGUAGAAAAGGAGGUUGGAGAGUUAUAAGAGAAGAAUCAAAGCCCGCUGAAAGUUGGGGUCCGGCAAAUUUAGAAGAUAGAGAGAAUACAAGAUACGUACUACCAUCACCACGAAGAAAUCUAUCUAAUAGCAGAAAUUUUGGGACAGGUUCAAUAUAUACAUCGGAUAAUUGGUCUCUAAGCAGGAGAAAUGGAGAUAUUGUAAAUAUAUCUCAAACCUCACAGUUGUAAGAGAAGAAGAAGAAGAAGAGGAAGAAGAAGAAGAAGAUAAAGAAGAAGAAGAAGAAGAAGAAGAAGAAGAAGAAGAAGAGAAAUAAUGAAAUUAAAAGCAAAAAAAAUAACAAAAACAUAACAAAAAGCAAAGAACUAAAUAGUGAUUAUAUUAUUAAUAUUAAUAAACCAAGAAAUUAAUAAAAAAUGUAUAGUAAAGAGAAUAUGCAAUAGAAAUGAUCAUAUUUCAUAUAUAUUUCAUUUUUUUAAUUGAUAUAUUGAUAAUACAGAAUAAGAAUAUUAGAGAAAAAAUAAUAGAACAAAUGUUUGACAAACAUUCUUUUCUUUUUCAAUCUUUUUACUAAACAGAAAAGCCGAAUUAACAAUAAAGAAAGAGUUUAUUAUGAACAAAUGAACUGAAAUCUUAUCAAUCUUUUGCCCGUCGAUAAGAUUAACAAUUGAAAGUUGUAGCACUCAUAGUAACCAAUAGCAAAAUAUUUUUAUUUAAUUAUUUUUUUAAUAGUAUAGGCCUACUUUCUUUCUCUCAUUAUUAUUUAAAGCGAAUUAGCUAUUGAUUAUUAAUUAUAAUAAGGUUAAAAUAAGAUUUUGCAAAAUAAAUACGACUGUUGAAUAUAGACAGUAGAUGACACUACUGCCCAGGACGGGACAAUUGCAUUUCCAAGUAGCUAAUAGAAGAGAUUAGGAGUAAAUAUAUUAUAUAUAAAAUACUGUUUAUAUUCAUUAAGAAAUCCGAAAAUAGUUAAAUAAGCU